AUGUCGCCUCAUUCGCGGGCGUCAUCAAACAGCUCCGACCUGCCCAUGGUCGAGACGGCGCAGCGAGCUCGCGCAGAGUCGCUCAUUGCUGAGGAGGAGAGUUUGAAGCACAAGGAAGCGCAGAGCAGCACGCUGUCGCUGCAUCCUGCCUUUUACAUCCUGAGCUGGAUUUUCUUCUCGAAUUUCACGAUUCUCUUCAACAAGUGGCUGAUUGACAAUGCCGGAUUUCCCAUCAUCCUGACCUGCUGGCAUCUGGCUUUCGCUACCGCUGCCACUCAACUGCUCGCUCGUACUACCAAGUUGCUCGACAGCCGCAAGAGCCUGCCCAUCAACGGCCGAUUCUUCGUUCGAACCAUCAUCCCCAUCGGAUUCCUCUACUCGGGAUCCCUCGUCUGCUCCAAUGUGGUCUACCUAUAUCUCUCCGUCUCCUUCAUCCAGAUGCUCAAGUCGGCCUCGCCCGUGGUCGUUCUCUUCUUCUCAUGGCUCUGGGGAAUGGCCGACCCCACCAUGACCCAGCUCUUCAACAUCCUGCUCAUCGUUUUCGGUGUAGGAUUGGCGAGCUACGGAGAGGUUGGUUUCUCGUGGAUUGGUUUCAUGUUCCAGUGCGGUGGAAUCGUUUUCGAGGCUAUGCGACUCGUCCUCAUCCAGAUCAUGCUGAGCUCCGAGGGCCUGAAGAUGGACCCACUCGUCUCUCUCUACUACUAUGCUCCCGUCUGCGCCAUCAUGAACUUCAUUGUCGCUCUGGCCAGCGAGAUUCCCAAGUUCCAGAUCCAGCAUGCCUGGGACGCAGGCCUGCUUAUGCUGCUCCUGAACGCCCUUGUUGCUUUCAUGCUCAACGUUGCAAGUGUUUGCUUGAUUGGCAAAACCUCUGGUCUGGUUAUGACUCUCACCGGUAUCUUCAAGAGCAUCCUCCUGGUCAUCGUGUCCGUUAUCAUUUGGCAAACCCAGGUCACUCUCCUCCAGGGCUUCGGCUACAGCAUCGCCCUGUUCGGUCUCUGCUGGUACUCCCUGGGCAAGGAGCAGCUCCAGCAGUGCUACCAGCUCAUCACCUCGACCUCCCUCGGAAAGUCCGCCAUGGCGCCCGAGCGCAGGAGGUGGAUCAUCCUCUUCGGCGUCCUCUGCUUCAUCAGCAUCAUCACGGCGGUCGGAAUCUGGAGGGGCCCCUCGGCCGUCAAGAAGGCCACCGACAUGUUUCCUUCCUUGUUUGGUUCUGAGUAA